CGUUUGAUCCCGAUUCUCGAGCAGCAUGGCGGACGACGACGACAACGGGCGCUUGCUGCGGGGCGUCGACAUGGGCAGCGGGACGGACGGCGCCGGCUCCAUGGAGCACUACGACGACGAUGACGACGAUGAGAUCGAGGACGAUAUGGAUCGCGACGAGAGCAUGGAGUCGUCGUCGAGCGAGGUCGAGAUGAGCCAGCCGUCCGGCGACGAGUCGGCGGCCGCUGCGUGGAACUGUGCUGCGUGCACGUACGAGAACGCCCGGUCGUCUUCGAUCUGCGAGAUGUGUGGGACGGCCAAGGUGGCAUCCGCCGGUCCGCCUGCAUCGACGUCGUCGUCUUGGGCUUGCAGUGCAUGCACGUUACUCAACCCACGCGACGCUCAGGUCUGUAGCGUGUGCUCGACGCCGAACCCAUCGCACCUCAACUCGCACCGCGGGUUGUCGCUGGCCUCGGCGCUUGGCCUCUUCUCGGACAAGACCAGUCGCAGCGACGCACCGCAGCUCGGCGUCUCGGGCGGGAAGCUCGAAGCGCUGUGUGCGCCGGGCGCGUCCAAGACGGCGCUUAUCGACGCGCUCCAAUCGAUUACACACCAUUUGGCCAUGAUGGAUGCGUCGGCCGACACGGACGCCGGGUUUGGCGUCGGCUUGCUCCUCGGGCGCCCCAAGUCACAGCGACUGAAACACGACACCAAGAUGACGACUGUGCUCUGCUCGAUCCUCAAGCAAGAGUCUCCCUUUGCGCUCGAGUGUCGCCUCUUGGCAUGUCAAUCGCUCAACUACCUCGUCAAGCUCGACGAGCGCGCGGCCGACGGCAAGGCUGCCGCCGACUGGAUGCACAUGUACCUCGAUGCGAUGAACGAGAUGGCGUCCUCCCCGAAACAAGACAAAAAGUUGCGGCAGCAGCUUGCGGAAGAGGCGCUCAACGGCCUCGACGUGGUCUGCUCGUCGCACCCGCUGGCCUUUCGCGCGCUCUGCGACCCGCCGUCGCUCAUCGCGUACCUCGGGUUUCUGCAGUACGCCGAGACGCUCCACCUUCAAGUGCUCUUGACCUCGCUUGCGAUUCUGCACAAGGUGUGCAGCAAGGCCAAGCUACCGGACAAGAAGAAGGCGACGCACGGGAAACAUGCGUCGGUACUGCCGCUCGACGCGGUCGUGGCCGCGAUCGCCCACGCUCUGCACCACGCCAACCCACGCGUGCAAGUCGCCGCCAUCAAGAGCCUCACGACGCUCUACCACCGGUCGCUCUCGCUGCACAAGAGCUUGCAUCUCACGAUUUCGGACGACUGCCUUCGCCAGCUCCUAGUGAUCAUGGUGCAGCAGGACGACGGACACGAAGCCAGCCGCGCAGCGGUUGCGCUUUUGACGCACCUCCUCGACGACGCACCGGCGCUCCUUGCGACCAUCAUCUCGGCGACGGUCGCGACGGACCUCCUCGCGCAGCUCACGGUGGUCCUCAAAACGUCCAAGUCGGAAGCCGUCGUCACGAGCACGCUUCGGUUCCUAUCGCACGUGGUUCGGCGCGUCCAUGCGCGGGCGUCGGCGCCUCUGGCAGACUUUAUGGCCGCGUUUGUGCGUGCAAGUGCGAUUCCUGCCGUCCACACGCUCCUUCGGGACGGCGCAAGUCUCACUGGCACUGAAGACUUCGUCUUGCUGGCCGUCGAACAUGCGUCGAUGGAAAUGGUGCGCUUCCUCGUACAAAAGGGCGCCGAAAUUUCGCCUGCUGCGAUCCACGCGGCGGCGCUGCACCGACGCUGCGACGUGCUCUCGUACUUUUUACAGCACGGCGCCAACCCCAAGCUGCUGGACGGGAACGGACGCAGUGUCGCCGAUGCCUUGGUCGCCGCGGGCCACACGGAAGCCACGAAUCCGUGCGUCAAGCUCCUCGCGCUGUACGACAGCCAGAAAGACGAGCAGAGCGACGACCCACCGGCGUGGUUUGCCCGUGAUUGGAUGGUCGAUGACGGCGUCGACGAGUCGGAAGCGUCGGAGCGCGAGUUUGACGAGGAAGACGACGACGAAGACGACGACGAAGACGACGACGACGGCGACGACGGCGACGAGGAAAACGAAGACAUGGGGCGCGACGAGGUCGUAGUCCACGACCAGUUGAUGGAGUCGGGCGACGACCGGGGUCGGUCUCAAAGCGUCGACUCGAUCGACAGCGCCGUGCCCGCGGACCUUCCGGACGCCGAUGUCGCAGCGUUUACGUCCAAGCUCCUGGCAACGCUCCUCGAGCUCUGCCCGACGAUUGACAACAAGGCGAUCGCGCAGACGAUUCUUGGCGCGGUCUGCACCAUCUUGAACACGUCGGUGGAACUCCAGUUUAGUCAAAUGACGCGCCUCCUCGAGAUUGUCCAGGGCCUGCUCAUGGAGCUCCAUCAAGCGCGGGAUGACGCGGCGUCGGUGGGUCCGUUUGUGCUGGCGCUGCGUCUCUUGCACGCGCUCACGCGUCACAAGCGCACCGAUUGGGUCGUGCAAAUGGAGCGCCAAGGGAUCCUCGCGCUCGUGCUGAGCAUCGCGUCGCGCCAAGCGCCAACGUUCGAUGCGACGCUCGCAGGCCUCGCCCAAGCGUGGCUCGACGCGCUCUCUACGUGGUUCACGCCCACGACGACCUUGUCAACGACGGCGUCCGAUGUGCUCUCGCAGCUCGACGCGGCGUGCGACCGGGGCAGCGUGGCCGACAUUUUGCGUCUUCUCGGCGUCGACAACGGCGUCACAACAUAUGAGUUCACAAAGUCGCGCGUCGUCCCGACGCUCCUCGCGCUGCUUCAGGCGGGCCCCGUGCCGUGGCAGCCGUCGGUUGCGACGCUCGUGCAUCAUUUGCACCAAGCAAUCGGCCUGCAUGAAGCGCUGCCGGUCGUGAGCUACGGCCUCGCCAAGGGCAAGGAGCUGUACCCGCUCACGCGCCAGCUCCGAUGCCGACUCCGCCUCACGCCAAAGUGCGCGACGUACGCGAGUAUGCCGCCGCGAAGCAUCCAUGCAUCACCGCUGACCUUAUUCUCGUCGUUUGAGCGCACGGUGUUUCGGUGCGCGACGCUAAACGAUCCGAAAUGGACGGUCUACGCGUGGAACCUCGUGGGUCAGCGCAUUUGGCGGCAAAUCGACGGCAAGUGGGUCGAGUGCCACGUCGCGGGCUUUGAUCCGGUCCUGGCCUGCCACUUGAUCUCUCGCGGCGACGAGUUCACCGAGGAGGUGCUGCACGAAGAGCCAUACCGCCUCGUGAAGAAGCCGCUCACCGUGUUUGCCAACGUAUCCAUGAACGUGGACGCGUUUGGCCACGACCCGAACUUGAAGCGCAAGGCGAAGGACAGCAAGAAGACGGAUUCUCGGCGCUCCAAGCGGGCCAAGAAGCGACGAGAGUCGGCAUCGGAGGAGGAAAACUAGCCGACGACGAGCACGACAUGGACGACGAUGACGACGACGACGACGAGGGUGGUGACAUGCAGGACGAUGACGACGACGAGACAGGCAGUGUUCUGGACGUUGACAUGGAGCAAGACGCGGCGGCGGCCGAUGCGCGCGGGAAGCGGAAGCGGCUCAUGGACAUUCUCAAGCUCGACCAAGCCGCCACUUCGAUGGCCGGUGACCGCGUCUGGUUGCGCUCGUCGCACGCGGAGCUGUGUGUGAGCGCCGUCGUUGUCAAGCGCCUCGAGCACCACCAGCUUUUGGUGCACGCGGUUUUCGGCACGCAGGGAGCGCCCGUGCCGCUGACGGUUGACGAAGCGGCGCUGGUCGCGUACCAGCCGCGAGCGCGCCCGGGAUCGGCCGCUUCCAAAGUCAACCGCAUGAUGGGUGCGCUCGAAUCUCAAUUCCGCCAAGGCGGUCGACCCAUGAUGGAGCAACUGCGCCGGCUUUUGACGCGG